GUGUCUGCUACGACUCUGUCAGCAUGUGCUUCUUUUCCUGGACUGAAGAGAAAAAACAAUAUGGUGAACUUACAAGAGGAUUUGUGUUUUUUUUUGCGCAGUGGACUGUACUGCAUAGCGCUUGGCUGCUGAUCUGUCUGAUCUAGGAAUAGUUUUCAAACAAGGUUAUAGCACUCAAGGUUAUUUGCAUAGCAGGUUUGGGGUAAACGUUUCUUCCUCCACACCAGGGGAGAAAUGUUUCUGCUCCAGUUAACCAGAAUGUAUAGCCGGAGCCAGACAAUAGGCAAGCUUCAGGCUAGGACAGUGCACAAAAUGUUCAGGUUAUUUAUUUAUUUAUUUAUUUCCUUAAGUCUGACUUUGUACAGCUAAACAUCAGGAACUUAGAGGUGCAUGAUUUAUUCACAGCUAACUACUCUGACUUGGAGGUUUAGCCUAAAUGCGUGAGCAUGAAAGUGUUUUUGCGUGUGAGGAAACCGUGGAAGACGUCAGGUUGAUUCGGUGCUCUUUAUGGAGACUGCAUAAGCUCUUGACCGACCUCCCAGAUGAUAUGCUGGAGGAUAGCCACGACUCCUCACCAGAGCUGGACUACUCAACCUGCAGUCCUCAAAGAGGGAAUGACCGACCACAGCAUGCUUGGAAUGGACAGUCUGAUCACCCACAGUGUCCUUCUGCUGAAACGAAUCCCGGGAAUGCUUAUAACCAGUCCGAUCAUCAGGGUUACAUGUAUGGCCCUGAUCAUGUUCAUCACCUCCAGCAUAGGACAGAACAUGGCUGGGAUGGACACCAGGGCCAGACCUAUCAGUAUGAGUCUGGAGAAUAUGUCUACUCCUCUACUGGGACUGCAGUAUCUAAUGGAACCAGCAGCAACUCUGUUGAGGAGGAUUAUGAACAGGAAGCUUACCUACACACAGGCCAUCACGCUGGAGCAGAUGGCCAAGACUAUGGCGAACAUUCCAAUGUCAGGAACUACUUUCAGAAAUAUGAUAAUGGAAUAACUGAUGGCCAAGCCAGCUACCAGCCGCAUCAGCCAGCAAGACAGCAAAAUAUGUUCAACAUUCAGUCAUCUCAACAAAAUGGCCACUUUGACCAGCUGCAAAGAGACUUUCUUGAUUCAUCACCAGCUACUGUCGAUGCCCAGGAAUACGCUCAGGUGAAGAUUUUGAACAAGGCUCAAUUAAGGCAGAUUGAGGAUCUUGAGCAGAAACUGGAAGAUUGCAGGCGUAAAAUGAGAUAUCUUGAGCAUCAGUUUGCCAUCGUAAAAGAUGAAAAGGAUGGGCUAACAGUAUCCCUAAAGGAGUCCAGCCAUCUCCUAGAGGAGGCAAAAGAGAAGGAGUCUCGACUACAAGCGAAAGUCAUGUCUUUGGAGCGACAGAUUCGGACCCUUACUGAGAGAGAACAAGAGAACAUGAAGAAGCAGUGUGCUGCAGAGGCAACAGUAGACAGUCUGCAGCAGCAGAUGAUGGAGCUAUGUCGGUCUAACGCGCUGACACGCACACGGGAACAGCAUGACCGAGACAUGGCUGCCAUGAAGGAACAGCAUGAAGCUAGAGUGCUUGCUCUACAACAAAAAUUAGAUACACAUGGUCAAAAUCUGGAGGAGCAGGUGCAGUUGGCCCAGAGGCUGCGGGAGCAGGUGAAGCAGCUGGAGAGGCAGAGAGAGGAAGAGCAGGUGGACAGAGCUGCAGUCAUCAAUGCCCUCACACAGCGUUUGGAGGAGAGCCAGCAGCAGUGUUCCAAGCUGCUUCAAACUGGAUGUGUGCAAGAGAUGAGCCAGAUGCAGAUAAAGCUACAGCAGGCCCAGUCUAGUCGUAACAUAAGUGAGAAUAUGAACCAAGUGCUACAAGAAGAGUUAAAUGAGUUGAAAGAGCAGAUCACACUGUAUGAGUCUGCUGUGAAGCUUGGUGCCGUUUCUUUUGAAUCGAAUCCAAACUGGGAGAACCAUCUCUCUGAGUCCUACGUAGAUCUUGGCAUUAAGAAAGUUAGCUGGAAAGAUGGCAGAAAUCACAGCACCCCUGUCCUCUCAGACUUGAGCCUGCCAAAGGAGGACUUGGCAAAAGAGCUAAAGAGCGAACUGCAGCGGUGUUUAAUGCAACUGAAAACCAAAAGGGAGAAGAUCUCUCGUUUACAGAAAGAGCUCCAGAUAUCACAGAACAACGUGGAACAGCUACAGACUAGGCUACAAGGCGCCGAGAAAAAUGCUAAAGACUCUGUGGUUAGGGAAAGCGGCCUAGAAAAGCUUUUGGAGCAAUCCAACAUGACCCCUCACAAAGAGGUUGCAAGACUGGAAGAGGAACGACAGCAACUGCAGAAGCGAGUCGAGGCACUGGAGUCGAGAAAUAAGGAGCUGAAGCAGAGUGAGGAGAAGGUGAAGGCGGCUAAUUCCGAGCUCUGCACCAAGAUGAGAGAGAUGAUUCAGGAGCUGGACCAGGAGAAACAGGAGGCUGCAGAAAGGUAUGAGAGAACCCAGCAGCAGUACAGAGAUGAUGUGGUUCAGCGUGUUCGUGCAGACCUCACCCAGGAACACACAGCAUACACUGCGCAGCUUACUGCCCAGCAUCAACAGCACAUCCAGCAGCUGGAAUCUAAAUUAGCGGACCUAAGUCAAGAAGUGUUAGCUGUGCAGGAAUGUUACAUCUCUGUUUGCAAGGAAAAGGAUAAACUUGAGGAAAACCUUCAGAGCAGAAUUGAUGAGGAAAGAAGUCUGAAAGACAAGGAGAUAAAGAAACGACAGGAGAUUGACGAGGCUCUGGAGAAGCAGAAGGCGGAUAUUGCUUCCCAACACCGGGAAGCUGUUGCCCAGCUUAAGGCUCAGUGGACCAAAGACAAAGAGACAGAGAUUCAGUUGCAGGUCACUAAAGAGCUAGCCUCUGCCAAAAAGAGCUGGCUAGAAGGACAGCAAGAAGAGUGGGAGCAAAAACUGGAAGAGGCCAUGAAGGAAAAACAAAAACCCAAAUCUACAGGAACACAGGAUAACUCUUCUCAGACAGACACUAUGGAUUCUGUGACCCAGCUUCUGUCCCUGGAGCAGCUGGAGGACAGACUCAGUGCCCAGAAGAUGGCGCUGCAGCAAGAGUCUGAGAGCAAGCUCACCAAAGCAGUGGAGGAGGCAGUGAGGAGCAAAGAGAGAGAUCUGCAGCAGAAACAUGUACAGGAUACAACACUGCAGGUUGAAAGGGCUGUGUCCAGGGCUCGUAAUCGCUGGCUCCAAGAGAUGUCCUCCCUCCCAGAGUACAAAGCCAGCUUGCAGACCGAGAGAGAACAGUGGGAGACGCAACAUCAGCAACACAUUCACAAGCAGGUGUCUUCAGCAAUAAAAGCAGCUGAAGACAAAUGCCAGGAGACAAUGAGUAGAAAACACAAGGAGCUAGAGGACUGCAGGUGCAGAAACCAGGAACUUCAGAAGCAGGUGGAUUGCCUGAAAACUCAGCUGGAGAAUUCUGCUGAGGAGCAGAAGGCACUCCUCAAAGCUGAGCUCUCUGCAGCCAGAGCUUUGUGGAACACUGAAAAGCAGGAAGAGAUUUCAUGCCUUAAGAUGCAAUUCCAGGGAGACCAAGAGUGCCUAAAGGAAAAGCAUCAGGCACAGCUGGAGAGAAGAAUGAAAGAGGCUCGAGAGGAGGCUCUCAGACAGGGGCAAGAACGUCUACAGGAAGCCAUGCAGAGCAAGGAGCAGGAGUGGAGGAGUCAACAACAACUCAUAUUGCGGGAAGAACGGCAGCAAUUCGUGGAGGAGGUCCUGGCUGAGUUAAAGGAGGUGCUGAAGGAGGUCCAGGAGCAGAGAGAAGUUGCUGAGGAGCGAUGUAGCAGGGAAGGAGGUGUGAGAGCUAGACUGAGGAACCUGUGCAGAGAGGCACUGGCAACAGCUAUAGCCAACACCAAGCAGGAUUUGGUGAAGAGCAGUGAAGAAAAGUUGAGGCACGUACUGAAGGAAACCCAAGAACAGCAUGAAAAGGAGCUCAAUCGUAUACGUGCCUCAUUGGAUAAAAGGAAGGAAGGAGUCUGUAGCAGCAAGAGUUGUAAUGAAACCAUAGGCGGGCUCCAGAAGAAGAAUCAUGAGCUUCAGAGGCAUUUGGAGAAGGCCUGUCGUCAGCUCCAGCACACAGUCCGAGAGCACAAGAGCACUCUGUGCAAACUCAAAGAAGAACAUGAAGAACUGUUAAAGAAAGAGAAGGAAGCCCAUGUAAAAGCAGCUGAGCAGGCCAAAUUAUUUGCAUCCAAGGAGUCAGGUGGUGCAGUCAGUCAACAAAAUCUUCAUGCUGGCCUUGAAGAAAUGAAUGAACAAUAUACGAAAGCUGUGCAAAAAAUAAGAGGUGACAUGCUCCGCUAUCUGCAGGAGAGCAAAGAACGAGCGGCCGAGCUGAUCAGAGCCGAAGUCCUGAGAGAGAGGCAGGACACGGCCCGCAGGAUGCGCAGGUACUACCUCACCUGCCUGCAGGAGCUCCUGGAGGAGGGGGGCCAAACCACUGGUGCUGAGAAGAAAAUUAUCAAUGCUGCCAGUAAACUGGCUGCCAUGGCCAAAGUGCUGGAGACACCGGUAGCCAAAAAGAAAUUUCAAAGAAAUCAGGAUGUACAAGAAACCUCAUCAAACUCUACAGAAAGCUCUAAAGUUGACCAUCUUGCUAAAGUGUCAUGUGCUCCAUCAAGCCAAAGUCAUUCUGCCAAAACAGAGUCCCAUAAAGUUAGCAGGAAUGAGCAGCGCCAGCACUGGAAGGUCCUCACUGAGAGCAGCUCUACAGCCCGAACGCCCAAAAUGAAAACUGCAGGCAAGUCUUCUCAGUUCAACUUAAAUUCUGAGAAGACGAAUGCUGCAAAAGGUCCUGAAGUAAUUGAACCACGCCACUCUCCUCAUCCCAAAUCCUCCUGUGAAAUCGCUCCCUCCGGUGUGCAUUUCAAUACCGUUGACUCCGUGAAUGUGACACUGAGGAAACCUAGCAGGGAGGAGUACCUGAUGGGGACAGAAGCAGGAAAAGCCAGUGAGCAUUUCAUUCCUCGGGUGACCGUCGUGCCUUUCCUGCUUAAAGAGGCACCUGUGAGAGAUGGUGGCCAGAGUGAUUGGAGUUUAUCUAGUAAUGGAUCCACUUUUACCAGCAACAUACAUCUCACACACUCCUACCCUAGCAAACAUCCAGAUCCAUUGAACUCGUUCUCAUUCCCUGACCCUGCUGUAGAUGAUCUGGACUUUGGAAGUACCAUAGGUGAUAACUCUGAUGUAACUGUUUACAAAGAGAUUGCCAAAAAACCGUCAGGGGUGAAACCUUUGAAGAACGCAGACGUUAAAUUGACCAAGAACAGGCAGCCAAUUCCAGGUUCGGAGGAUGAGGCAAUCCGUCAAGCGUGUCCUAAGAGUUUACUCUCACAAUUUAAACUCCGUCAGCAGGACAGUGGCUUUGACAGCCCAGGGUCCUAAUACUUUUUAUAUAGUGUGUGUGUGUGUGUGUGUGUGUGUGUGUGCGCGCGCGCCAGUUGGACCGUGAAUUAUCACUGAAUGUUUGUGUUUGUCUGGAUUUGUUAAUACACUGUUUUUGUACUGCCUUUUAUAAAUUAAAGUUUUAAAUGUUUCCCUAAAAUGUCUGACAUUCCAAUAAACCUAAUGCUGGUCAUUUACCACACUGCAUGUGAGUUGCAUUUAAUUUAAUACACUAUAUUAAAUUUUAUUAACAUGUUCUAUGCUUCAGACACUUUGUGAAUGGUUUGUUACUGGCAUUAAACCGGACUGAGGUUUAACUGGACUUAUGGAAGAGUAAUGCAUACAACAGUAUGAAAUCUGUGUUCAUGUUCAGUCCAUAGAACAGACUUGUACAUUCCAUUCCAAGCUCCGCCCACUCGAAGUUUAAGCUAAAGAAUGUGGUUGCCAUGUUGCUG